AUGCUUGUUGCAUCAACCGACAACAGUGAGUUGCAGAAAGUGUUUCGGAGUCUCAGUGGUGAAUUUGAGUUGACGAAUCUGGGAGAUGUUUCUCACUUUCUCGGCAUGGAAGUUCGACGAGUUGAAGGAGCUUACAACAUUCGUCUGCAAAGCUACAUCGAAGAGUUGCUGAAAACACAUGGAAUGAGUGAAGCAAAACCUGCAAAGUCACCCAUGGACCCGGGAUAUUUGAAGGAUCAGUCUGAAAGCAAGCCGUUGGAGGAUGCGGCUAAAUACAGAAGCGUCGUUGGAAGUUUGCUAUACCUAUCGGUAGUAGCUAGGCCAGAUAUAGCGAAUAGCGCCGCCAUUCUUGGACGAAAGUUCAGUAAUCCAACUGAGUUAGAUUGGACAGCGGCUAAGCGUGUCCUGCGAUAUCUGAAGAAGACGAAGAACUAUACGUUACGUUUAGGUGGUGCGUUCGAUGAACCACUUUCAGGCUACUCGGACGCAAACUGGGCCGGCGAUUUACAGAGUCGAAGAUCAACUUCUGGAUAUGCGUUUAUGUUCGGUGGAGCUACAAUCUCGUGGGCUAGCCGUGGACAGUCGAGUGUUACCUUAUCGUCCAUGGAAGCCGAAUGCGUGGCGCUCAGUGAGGCAUGCCAAGAGGCCAUCUGGCUGAGGCUGCUGCUCGCUGAUUUCGAUCGAAGACAAUCAAGGAUGUCUCGCUUUCGUUCGUACUGA